AUGCAGGGGACCUGGGCUGUGCUGGUACUGGUAUUGACCACCUGUGGGGAACUUGCCGUGACUUUACAGUGUUACACCUGUCAGGAUCCUGUGAGUGUGUCUAGCUGUGUCACCAUCACCACCUGCAGUGUCAAUGAAACCAUGUGCAAGACCACACUCUAUUCCCAGGAGAUUGUGUUCCCUGUCCUUGGGGACUCCACAGUGACCAAGUCUUGCGCCAGCAAGUGUGAGCCUUCAGACGUGGAUGGCAUUGGCCUAACCCGGCCGGUGUCCUGCUGCGAUGCUGACCUGUGUAACGCGGAUGGGGCACCCGCCCUGGGCAGCCCUGCUGGCCUCGCUCUCGCCCUGGCACUUAACUUCCUGUUGGGUCUCCUGGUAUAA